AUGUCCAAACGAGCUCAUCCAUCAGAGCACGUCAGCAGUCAGGCUGAUAAUUCAUCUGCGCCGUCCUCCAAUAAGAAAGUUCGUCGAGAAACAGAUCCCGAAGCUGCAUCAACUCUCACCCAGGAUGAUGUCGCGUUAUAUGACAGGCAAAUACGAUUAUGGGGUAUGGAAGCUCAAACAAGGAUGAGGAAUUCAAGCAUUCUCGUCGGUGGAUUAACAGGUCUAACGAACGAAGUCUGCAAGAAUCUCGUGUUGGCAGGUAUUGGAGCACUGACCGUCGCUGAUGGUGCUAAAGUCUCUGUGGACGAUUUGGGCGCGCAGUUCUUUAUAGCUGAAUCCGACAUUGGCAAGAAUCGAGCUGAAGCAUCUAUGGAACGUAUUCUCAACUUGAAUCCAAGAGUCAAAGUCGCUGCUCUGGCUAAAGAUGUAGGAAGCAUGCCAGAAGACUUUUUCGCUGGAUUUGACUUUGUGGUCUUGUCGGGUGCUGACUUGGCGACCAUGAUUCGCAUUGACAACAUAUGUCGAAAACACGGCAUCAAAUUCUAUGCUGGCGUCAUGGCUGGGUUCCACGGCUUGUUUUUCUGUGACUUGAUGCUUCACUCUUUCGUCAAAGAAAUAAAAUCAGGCAUAUCAAAAGGCGACACGCCUAAAAUAUCGAAAGUCCAACGAGAGUCACAUUAUGUUGCAUUGGAAGAUGCCCUGACGAAAAAGUGGGGGCCAUUGAGCAGAAAACAAACAAAAAAUAUUGCUAUACCUCUCUUCCUUGCUUUUAUCAUUGUGUUGAAGUACCAACAACAACAUGGUCACCUACCCACCCGAAAGCAAGAUGCAGAAGCUCUACCAGCAUUCAAGAAUACAUAUCUAGAGUCUCAAUCCCUGGAGGCCUCAGUGAUCAAGGAUGAUCAGCUUUGGACGAUCUCUGCAAUGCUAGGUCGCGAUCUAGCACCAGUAUGUGCUAUCGUCGGUGGUAUCCUCGCACAAGAAAUCAUCAAAACUAUGGCUCAAAAUGACGAACCCUUGAACAAUUUCUUUGUUCUUGAUGCCAUGUUGUCUGUAGGUGCUGUGUUGCCGGUUAGUCCUCCAUUACCUGAUGCGAAUGGGUCGUCAUCAUCCAAGGCAGUUGCCAUGGAAAUCUUGUAG